AAUAACGUUAAACGUCACAACACAACUUAACCUAAUUUUAAGAGAUCAAUUGGCUUGUGUCCCCGUUAAUAAUGACUUUAGAAACGGUUCCCAAGGAUUUACGUGGAUUAAGAGCGUGUUUAGUGUGCUCGUUAGUUAAGACCUUCGAUCAGUUCGAGUACGAAGGGUGCGACAAUUGCGACGAAUUUCUUCGCAUGAAGAACAACAGAGACAACGUCUACGAUUGCACCAGCUCCAAUUUCGACGGGAUGAUCGCGGCGAUGAGCCCCGAGGACAGUUGGGUUUGCAAAUGGCAAAGGAUUAAUCGAUUUUGCAAGGGAGUGUACGCGAUUUCGGUGUCUGGACGACUACCCCAAGGUAUUAUAAGGGAGAUGAAAAGUAGGGGUAUAGUCUAUAAGCCUAGAGAUACUAGUCAGCGGUGACACGCUGUUAUUCAUCUCGAUGUAAUAAUUGUAAGAAAUCACACUUUCAUUUGAACGAUGUACCUACUUUAAUUGUCCAAGAGCAACAAUAAAUCGAAACUUAUAA